AGGAAAGCGAAUCACAGAGUGAGAAGGGGCAGUGCUAAGUUGGCAGGGGGAGGAGUCCCAAGCCCUGCCAGAGGGUAAAGGACCCUUUAUGAGGUGUCAGGGUGUUCCCUGACCCAGCGUGAGGGUCCCACAGAGUCCCGCCCCUGCGGUCAGCGGUAGCAGACCCGGGGCAAAGAGAUUUAAGAAAAGUACAGCAGUACAGCCACAGGCCAGCAGAUGGAAGAGUCUCAAGCUUUAACAGAAGCGAAGGUCACUGGUUCACCUGCUGUUUUGUCUGCUGCACCUGAACAGACUCAUCAUGCCUAGAGGGCAGAAGAGUAAACUCCGUGCCCGGGAAAAACGCCGUCAGGCCCAAAAAGAUCCCCAAAAUCUGGUGGAUGCUCAAAGAUCUGAGUAUUCCCCCUCUUCAUCUGCUCAUUCCAAUGAUAUUCCCCAGAGUUCACUUACUGGAACACUUAGCAACCCCCAAGGCCCUAAGACAGUCACAUUCCCCACCACUACUGCUGCAGCUGCUCCAGCUACAAGAUCAAAUGAAAACACCGCAAGGCCAGGGUCCACACAAAGCCCAUCAGCCAUGGAGAAUUUCCCCAACGGCCCUGUAGAUGAGAAGGUAGUUAUGCUGGUGCAUUACUUGCUGUACAAGUAUCAAAUGAAAGAGCCAAUUAGUAAGGCAGAAAUGCUGAAAAACAUAAUCCAAGUAUACAGGAACCAGUUCCAUGAGAUCCUGAGAAAAGCUUCUGACCACCUGGAGCUGAUAUUUGGCCUUGACUUGAAGGAAGUGGACCCCAACAAGCAUAUCUAUGUGCUCAUCAACAAAUUGGAAUCAAAUUGUGAUGUGAGUUUGAGUGAUGAAAUAAGAGUCCCCAAGACUGGCCUGCUGAUGACAAUUCUGGGUGUGAUCUUUACAAAUGGCAAUUGUGCCACUGAGGAGAAAAUCUGGGAAGUGCUAAAUAUGAUGGGGCUAUAUGAUGGGAGUGUGCACUUUGUCUAUGGAGACCCUAGGAAGCUCAUCACCAAAGACUUGGUGAAAGAAAAGUACCUGGAGUACCGGCAGGUGCCCCAUAGUGAUCCUCCACGCUAUGAAUUCCUGUGGGGUCCAAGAGCUCAUGCUGAAACAAGCAAAAUGAAAGUCCUAGAAUUUUUAGCCAAGAUCCACAGUACAGUUCCCAGUGCCUUUGUAUCCGAGCAUGAAGAGGCUUUAAGAGAUGAGGAAGAGAGAGCCCAAGCUAGAAUUGCAGCCAGAGCUCGCGUUAGUGAGAGAGCCAAUGCACGUUCCACAGCCAUGCCUGGAAGCACCUCUAACCCCUAAUAAAGUCUGAGACAGAUUCUUCACUUUGUGGUUGAAAA